UGAAGAGUGCUUGAGAAAUUCAAGCCUGCGCACCAUCGCACGGCGAUCCACUGAACCAAAACUGACAACUCAGUGUUGGAUGUCAGUACGUUUUCGUGUUCUUGUGAUGCACCGCCUGGGCUGCGUGAACGCGCAGCUGCGCGCGGCGCUGCGCGAGGCCAAGGCGCGGCGCAGCGAGCAGCGCCUGGUGUCGGUGGCGAGCACGGCGCAGAGCCUGCGCGCGCAGCCCCUGGCCGGAGGCGCCCCCACGCCCUCGCCCAGGGCUGAAGUGUCGCUGGCUGGCGCGCGAGGUGGCAGUUUUUCUGCAAACAUUUCUACCAAACUACUUCAUCUCGUUAAUGCUGUGAAAGGAACGGAGGAAUUCAAGAUGGAUCAUGGAACACUAAUAAGGCGAUAACACUGAUGCUCUACUCGGCGCCCGCCCCGCUUUUAUACGGAAGAAGACUCUGGCCGAGACCUUGUGUCGCGCGUAAACACCCAGGAACUUGUUACCCGCUGAUGACGCCUCGUGCAGCUUGGCUGCAGUUCAACUUCACAGACGUUUUUUGUCAUAAGAGAACACUGAUGCCCUGCCCGGCGCGCGCGCUGCUUUUAUACGCGCGAGGGCCGCGACCGAGACCUUGGGGAGCGCCCAUCUCUCUGCCUGAACUGGUUCUCGACCCUGACCACGCCUCGAAAACUUGGCAAGCUUCUACACUAAGUUUUUGAUUCUGAACUUGCCUGUGUGUAAAGUAAUUCCUCUUGA